AUGAAAAAUUUCAAAGAAGCAAUAUCAUUAAAAUUUGUUAUAAUAGGAGAUUGCGGUGUAGGAAAAUCAAGUGUCAUUUACAGGUUUAGUUGAAAUAAUAAAUAUAUAGUUACCAAAAAGGCCAAUUCUAACCUGAUCUUAUCCCUAUACCAUUUGAAAAUUUUAUAAUUUAAGAUAAAAAUGAUGAAAAUUAAAAUAUUAUUUUAAAUUUAUAGGAAAUAUCUGGUUCUGAUGAUUAUAGAUCACUUAGACCAUCAUACUAUGAAUCAGCAGAUUUAUUCCUAAUAAUAUUUUCUGUGAUAGAUUCUAAUUCUUUUGAUCAUGCUAUUUCUAAAGUAAUUUUAAUUAUUAUGUAGUGGUACCCUGAAUUAAAUUAAAAUUAAUAUUUAUAAAUACCUAAAAUAUUUCUUGGCAAUAAAAUUGAUCUUCGAGAAAUUAAAAAUAAUUAACACAUAAAUAACUCUUUUGUAUUAAUAUAAUUUAUUAAAUCAGGCUCAAAAAAUCAUCUAAGCUUAUAAAAUUUAAUACUUUGAAUGUUCUGCUUUAACUUAGGAAGGAAUAAAUUAAGUUUUUAAAGAAGCUUCAAAAAGAAUCAUUAAAAUUAAGAAGGAAAAUCAAAUUGAAAACAAUGGAAAUAAGCUCUGUUUUGAGAUUAAUCAUUAAAUUACAAAAGAAGAGGAACCAUGCUGUUUAAUUUUUUGA